CGAAGUUGACUACAGGUUGAGAUGGCGGGGACACAACACCGGCGGUUCAAUGAUUAUGACUUGAGUUGUCCUAGAUUAUAAUGAGCCGUCCGUAGACUUGAAGAAGCGAGCAGAAGUUUUAAACAUGUCGAUGCACUUGUAUCAAAUGAGCACCCAGCUGCUCGGGGACACUGUGGGCAAAAUGAACGACAACCUAACCUCCUUGGUCCUGGCCGCGUCUGUCGUCACGCUCACUUUGGGCUAUUUUUACAGCAAAAUACAACACAGACUGACUUCUGACAAGAAUGUGAAAUAUCCACCUUGCAUCCCUUCCAGUGUCCCCUUCCUUGGUCAUGCUGUUGCAUUUGGCAAAAGUCCCAUUGACUUUUUAGAAAACGCUUAUGAAAAAUACGGACCGGUGUUCAGCUUCACCAUGGUGGGAAAAACCUUCACGUACCUUCUGGGAAGCGACGCUGCCACGCUGCUCUUCAACAGCAAAAACGAGGACUUGAACGCAGAGGACGUCUACUCCCGACUUACCACGCCAGUCUUCGGCAAAGGAGUCGCCUACGAUGUCCCCAACCCGAUCUUCCUGGAACAAAAGAAGAUGCUGAAGACAGGCCUGAAUAUGGCUCGCUUCAAGGAACACGUCAAGAUCAUCGAGGCGGAGACUAUCGAGUAUUUUCAGAGAUGGGGAGACAGUGGCCAGAGAAACCUGUUCGAGGCGCUGUGCGAGCUCAUCAUCCUGACGGCCAGCAACUGCCUGCACGGCAAGGAGAUUCGGGGCCUGCUGGAUGAGCACGUAGCUCAGCUCUAUGCCGACCUGGAUGGAGGUUUCAGCCACGCCGCCUGGCUGCUGCCCGGAUGGCUGCCGCUACCCAGCUUCAGGAAGCGGGACAAAGCUCACCGGGAAAUCAAGAACAUCUUCUACAAGGUGAUCCAGAAGCGAAGAAGCUCCGGGGAGAAAAUUGACGACAUCCUGCAGACGCUUGUGGACGCCACCUACAAGGACGGACGGACGCUGUCGGACGACGAAAUCGCCGGAAUGCUGAUCGGCCUCCUGCUGGCCGGUCAGCACACGUCGUCCACCACCAGUGCCUGGUUGGGCUUCUUCCUAGCCCGGGACAAAGCCACGCAGGAGCGGUGCUACGCCGAGCAGAAGGCUGUGUGCGGCGACCACCUGCCCCCCCUGCAACUAGAUCAGCUGAAGGACCUCAGCCUGUUGGAGCGUUGUUUGAAGGAGACACUGAGGCUGCGCCCACCCAUCAUGACCAUGAUGAGGAUGGCUCGCUCUACUCAGAAGACGUCGGGCUUCACCAUCCCAGCAGGCCACCAAGUGUGCGUCUCCCCGACCGUCAACCACCGACUGCAGGACACGUGGCGGGAGAGGACGCGGUUCGACCCGGAGCGCUACCUCCAUGACAACCCCGCUGCCGGCGAGAAGUUCGCUUACGUGCCCUUUGGAGCAGGCCGGCAUCGAUGCAUCGGUGAGAACUUUGCCUACGUGCAGAUCAAAACCAUCUGGUCCACGUUGCUGCGCAUGUACGACUUCGACCUGGUGGACGGCUACUUCCCCACCAUUAACUACACCACCAUGAUACACACCCCACACAACCCCGUCAUCGCAUACAGGAGGAGGAAACACUGAAGACAGGGAUGUGAACAUCAGUUUCACGUAAAAAAAACAGAGCACUAAUUCAGCAUCAGUGUGCUGGGGAUGAGGCUGAUUAAGGCCUUACGAUCAUGCUGCAUUCAAUAACCCCGGGAGAUUUCAGACUCCAACAAGGACAAGUGCAACUGAAUGGUUAUGCUGUGAAGUCAGGAAUACUAUACUUUUCAUGUUCAACUUCAAAGUCGCAUUUUCCCAGUUUUAUUGAACUCAACAUAAAAAACAGGAAGUCCACAUUUAUGAAAGAACGUAGUGGUGUAGAAUUUAUAUUAAAAUUAAAAAGCUGCAGUCAAGAAAAUGGAAAAUUUGAAAUGAGCUAUGAGUUUCAAACCUUUUUUUACUUGUUGCACAAUUUCCUAGUGUUCUUGAAUGAAGCAUGAAAACCAGGCUAUAGCUGUAUAUUAGGUUGUGUAGGUUUAUAAGACUGAAAUGAAUAUGCUGCAUUAGAUGAAACUGGGAAAUUUCAAAACUGUCUACUACUUAUUUCUGUAAAUUGUAAUAAAAAUUACAUUUGUGAGUGCGAACAAUGCACAUUAUAUAGUUUUACUUAUAUUCUAGUCAACACCAAAUAAAAACCACG